AUGGGGCGGAAGCAGAAAGGGGUGAAGGAGGCAGAGGAAGGUGGAGAAGGCGGAUUACAAGAUGUCCGGAGCGCGUUUUCCCGCCUUCAGCAGAUGAUGGCCAUGACCAAUCCGGGCAUGUUUCCCAUGCAGAACGCCAAUCCCAUGGCUGCUAUGAUGCCUAACCUGCCCAAGGCCAUGAUGCCUGGCAUGCCAGGGAUGGCUCCGAUGCCUGCGUUGGGCGGUCCCGCUCCACCGGCACCCGCCUCGGAGAAGGGCGGCUCGAUGGGGGAAGCAGGAGGAGCCAAGAAGGAGUGGGUCAUCAAGCCAGGUCUCAAGCCCGGUGAUUGGACCUGUCCUCGUUGUGAGGCCAAUGUCUAUGCCUCCAAGUUCAACUGCUGGAGAUGUGGCGUCUCCAAGCGCGGGGAGAACGAGUCGGAGUAUAUUUCGGAACAUGGCCGGAUCCAUCCAGACAUUCAGGAGCUGUGUGACGCCUUCUAUGUUGAGCAGAGGCACAUUGAGAAGCUUAACGAGCUCAUGAAGAUGCGGACAGACACUUGGGACGAGGACUUGAAGAAGUUGAGAGAGGUGAUGGAAAAGGCACGCUCCCCCUGUGGAAUGCUGGUGACCAAGAUGAAGGAGAUUGAAGAUGGCACAUUUGUCGCAGUAAACCGGGACAAGAGGAUGAAGUACUUGGUGGAUAAGUUCAAGCUAGACAAGACCGCGGAAACCAGCAUCUCAGAUAUUCUUGCAAGAUGCUCUAAGGAGAAGCAAGAAGAGUACUACUAUGACUUAGAGAGACAUUUCGAGUGCUCCGGCAAACCUUCUGCCACUGCUAUGAUGAUCAUGAAGAAGAUGGCCAAUGGGGAGCCUUUAGGCCCUCCAGGGCGUCCAGGUAAGGGCAGUUAUCUGGAACGCAUGCAGAACGAAGGCAAGGAAGGUGGCAAAGGCAAUGAACGUGGCCGCGGGGAUGACCGUGGCCGUGGGGAUGACCGUGGCCGCGGGGAUGACCGUGGCCGCGGCGAUCGCAACGAUCGGGGCGACCCGCGCCGCGACCGCGAGCGCUCCCCGCGUCGCGACGACCGCCGGGGCUACGACCGCCGCGACGACCGCCGGGAUGGGCGUCGAGAUGACCGGAGGGACGACCGGAGGGACGACCGGAGGGAUGGCCGAGAGAGGCGGGAGGGCCGGGAUGACCGGCGGAGGGAUAGCCGGGAUCGAGGACAGGGAGGAGGAGGAGGAGGAGGGGGAGAAAGAGGAGAAAGAGGAGAAAGAGGAGGAGGGGGUGCGAAGGUGAAGCCCAGGGAUCCGGAUCCCUUCAUUCCUCAGCCUAAAGGCAUGGAAGCGCCGGAGCACGGCGAGGGCUGCCCGGAGGCCGUUGGCCUUCACGGCAAGGCCGCCGCCGAGGCGUUGCAGUCGGGCGCCGAGCGCGUGCGCCGCGAGCUGCAGGCCAAUCUUCAGGCGAUGAUCCGAAAGGCGAUCUCCGAGGGACGGCCCAUGGAAGAGUGGACAGCCUAG